ACCGAGUACCAUCGGCCCCGGCUCCUCAUUAGCGCCUCUAGAUUGAGGGUGCAAGUGGGCUCCCUGGCUCCCCCCUUCGCUGUUUCUUCACUUGAUCGGCCCCUAACACAGUAUGGUGCACCAUACCAAGGUACCCAGGUACCCAGGUAUCUAGGUACAGUAGCAGGAGCAGUCAUGAUCCAGCCAUCCCCGUCCCCGUCCCCAGCCCAGCCCAGCCCAGCCCAGCCAGUCUCGCCGUGCUCCCAAUCUGCCCCGGCCCUCCCCCUUCCCUCUUUUUCCCUCCGAGCCAUACCUGGACUGCUACGCUUUAAUCAACCUUUUUCCCCUUCCUCAAACAUCUUCUCACAGUCUCCCGUUUUCAAUUCUCCUUCACGACACUCGCUACUGUCCAUAUUUUCCUUGGCGAAGAGAGAAGCAUCCUUCCUCCAUCUUCAGUCGCUCGUGCUUAAUUGGAUCCGGUCUGAUCGCCCUCCUCGACAAGUCUUUUUUUUAACGGGACAAAAAUCCCCGACAAUUUCUCUGGAAUUCCGCAACUCAAACAACCACUGGAAUAUCCCAUCUUUCGGUAAGUUCUCGACUCUUGUCGGCCCUUAGAGACAAGUCUCAUUGCUCCCGUCCACUAUCCUCCAUUGCACCCACCUGGCCUGCCUAUGCCGCCCCGACCCCAAAACCUCGUGUGAUUGGCAACGGCGACCUGGGCCGUCAACAAAAACAACAAAUCCACCGCUGCCCAACGGCCCUUGACCUUGACACUCGAAACUACGACCUGCGAUUGAACACUCUGCCAUCCGUCCAUCGUCAUUACCUCGAACCCACCGCCCCGACGACAAGCCACCUUGUGGAAAAGGAAGCGUCGAGCCGGCCGGUUGAGGGAAGUCCCGCCAGCUGUGCCGUUUGCUUGCCAGUUUCCUGGGGAAACGGACACUACCUAGGCGGAGAGAAACAUACCUGUCACCUAGCAACCGUCUUCUCUAUCCAUCCGUUUGCACCAGCGCCUCCCCGAGACUCCCAAAACAUCACCGAAUGAACAUCGCUACCAUCUGGUCUCGUCUACUCGGCCCCAUUUUGGUUUCUUGGAUUCAGUACGAGACGCACUCCAAUCGGCUCGGCAGAGCAAACCCCAGCAAAAUGUUCUCCAAGCUGGCUCUUUCUGCCCUCGCGGCGGCCACUGUUGCCUCUGCGCAAUCUUCCGCCUGCACACAAUCCACCUUCACAAUUGGCUCCGCCGCCGAGGCUACCGCUCUGUCCAGCUGCAGGACGCUCAAGGGCGACGUCCUGAUCCCCGCCACCUCGGACCCCCAGAUCUCUCUCAACGGCCCCACCUCGAUUGACGGCGACCUGACUCUGGAGAACAAUGGUCAGAUCAUCACCUUCGGCGCCGAGCAGCUCAGCUCCAUCUCUGGCACUUUCAGACUCGCCAACGUGACCCUGCUGUCCACCCUCAACAUGCCUGCUCUGACCAGUGUUGGUACUAUCACGUGGCAGUCCCUCCCCGCUCUGAACUCUCUGAGCUUCUCCAGCGGUAUCAGCACCGCCAAGGAGGUUACCAUCUCGGACACCUUCCUGCAGAGCCUGGACGGUAUCGAUCUCGAGUCGGUUGGCACCAUGAACAUCAACAACAACCGCCGCCUGACCAAGUUCGACACGUCGCUCAAGAACCUGUCCGAGAACCUGAACAUCCAGGCCAACGGUGCUAAGCUGAGCGUUACCAUGCCCAACCUCGUCUGGAUCGCCAACAUGACCAUUGCCAACGUCACUGAGUUCUCUGCUCCCUCGCUCGAGGUUGUCAACGGUUCCGCCAGGUUCGACUCCAACUACUUCGAGACCUUCGCCGCCCCCAACAUGACCUCCACCAGCGGCGGUGACAUCUCCUUCAUCAACAACCCUGAGCUCACCAACAUCACUUUCUCUGCGCUCAAGAGCCUCGGUGGUGCCCUUACUGUCGUCAACAACACCCGCCUGGAGGAGCUUACCGGGUUCCCCGAGCUGGCUGAGCUUGGCGGUGCCAUCAAGCUCGGCGGCAACUUUAGCAACGUUGAAUUCCCCAGCCUUGAGGACGUCAAGGGAACCUUCGCCCUGUCUUCCACCAACGACAUUAACGAUGCCUGCACUGAGCUGAAGAAGAACGCCCCCGGCUCCCAGGGUGGCAACGGUGUCAUUCAGGGCAAGUUCACUUGCACGUCCAACAACGAGAAGGCCAACACUGGCAGCACUGCUGGCGACAGCUCCACCGGAGGAAGCAGCGGCAACUCUAGCAGCGCCGCCGUCAACGUCCACGUCAACUCGGCCGUCAUCGGCCUGAGCUUCGUCGGUCUGUUGGCCCAGCUGCUGUAGGCUGGUUCUCGCUGUUCGUUGAAAUAGUUCAGGUGGUCAUGAUGUGUGGUAUUUCUACAGGGUCAGGGUAAACAAACCGGAGGCGUUUUUCUUUUAACCAAUUCCCUGGAUGAUGGAUUUGUCCUUUGUCCGCUGUCUCGUUGUUUUCAAGUCUCAGCAUGCACAGUCAUCCACAGUCGCGCGCGGAAUACGGAGUCAAGCUUGUUAUGUUCACCGGGAACAAAAAAACCACACUAGACUAAUAAUUUCUCCUUUACCCCCGACCCGUCCGAAACGCAUCAUGGUGUUCUCCUUGUAAUGUGUCAAGAUUGUCGACCGAGUCCUACGUGGAUCAAGUCUCGCUUGGCCGGCUUCUCAAUGCAGGGGCACCUGGCUGAGGUGGAUAUGGAAGAACAUGUAGCUCGUGGUGCAUAAUGCCUCGGAUUGUAUGAGGGAAAGAGCACGCCAAAACAUAAAAUCCUGGAGGGGAUCGACAAGAGGUCAGAAAAGACGGAUGGAGGAUGGGUCAUCCAGCAAGAGCUUAACAAUGGCUUCUUCUGGUCUUGACAGGUGUUGGACAUUCCUACUUAGCAAGAGCCCCACCAAUCCAUCUCAUUGGUCCCCUUCACAAUGCUUUGCCUCUGUAUCAUGUGCCUGGUCCCAGAGUUGCUCUAAAUGCGCAUGUCGUGCCACAGGGUUUGUUCUUGGUCUGUAUAUACAGAUCGUGGAUAUGGUGAUCCAAUGUAUCAAUCCCAAGUCAUUAUCCCCAAGCAGCCAUCUGUCCGUUCGUCCGUCCUAGGCAUACUCGCCCUUCUCGAAUUUCUCGGUGUCCCAGAAGCGUGCCGCAAUCGAGUUUCCGUUGAAAACGCGGCCCUCGAGAGCGUUGACAGCCCUCAGCGCUGACACCUGAUCGGUGAACUUGAUAAAAACUUGCCUGCCUGCCACGUCGAUGUGCAGCCUCUCUACACGGCCGUACUUGUCGCCGCACUCCUCGCCAAUUUCCUGCCCCAGCCCUUCCUCGACCUCCUCCUGCAGCGAUGGCAUGUUCUCGAGCAUGUUCUGCAGCACAAUGACCUCGGACAUGGGACCGAACUUGCCCGCAUUGGCUUCAGCCGCCGCCGAGCCUGACGCCGGCGAUGGGUCCUUGGCGGCUGCGGUCUUGCCGCCGAUGAUCCGGGCGCGGUUCGCCGGGUCUACGUAGCCGCCGCCUUCGGCGUCCGGCCGCUUGCGCCGCUUUUCUACUUUCACCUGCAACGGGUUGAUAAUGCCGCUGCUGUCGGCGCCGAGCCCGCUGCCGGCCGUCCAGCCAUACUUGGACAUGAGGCGUUGGGCGAAGCCCUUCUGGCCUGGUCGGUUUGAGCGCGAUGUGUCGCCGGCGCCGUCGACGUCGGGCAUUGGCUGAUCGGUGGUGCUCUUUUGGCCUGCCCCCAGGCCGGUGGGAGGGAGGUCAAUGUUGUCUACGUCCAUGUCGCCGCCGCCGUCGUCUCCUCCUUGCUCCUGUGCGGGUGGUUGAGGAGGCGCUUGGUAGCGGACAGGGCCGCGAGAGAUUGUUGCAGUUUCUUUUGGUGGUGAUUGCGGUGGAGGGGGGGCUGAAGGUGCCUCGGGAGGCGGCGGCGGCGGCGGCGCGCCUAAGCCUGACAGUGCGAGGCGGCGGGCGUAGGCAUCGUCGCCUGUAGCGUCGUCCGGUACGGUCGCAGCAGCAGCAGCAGCAGCAGCAGCAGCAG